CCGAAGAACCGCCCACUCUGCCGCUGCCUGGCCCGGACCCAUUCCCACGUCCGGGGGGAGUGCGACAGUGCAGGCUCACCCUCUCGGCCGGGCAGGGACAGUGCCACGCCAGCGGCCACCUCGAAACGACAUGGGCCUCGGGCUGACCCUGCUUCUCCUGCCGCUGGCCCUACUAGCGGCCUCGGCGCAGGUCGAAGGCGGCACGGCGGCAGCGGAGGAGGUUAAAAUAGAGGUGUUGCACCUCCCCGAGGUGUGCAGUCCCAAGAGCAAGAAAGGGGAUCUGCUGAACGCUCACUACGACGGUUUCCUGGCCAGCGAUGGAUCCAAGUUUUACUGCAGUCGGACGCAAAAUGAAGGUCAUCCAAAAUGGUUCGUUCUGGGUGUUGGACAAGUCAUAAAAGGGUUAGAUAUUGCUAUGAUGAAUAUGUGUCCUGGAGAAAAACGGAAAGUGACCAUUCCUCCGUCAUUGGCAUAUGGAGAGCAAGGAUAUGCACAGGGUAAAAUUCCACCCAAUGCAACACUGAUCUUUGAGAUUGAACUUUAUGCAGUAAAUAAGGGACCGCGCAGUGUUGAAGCAUUUAAUCAAAUAGACAAGGAUAGUGAUAAGAAGCUCUCUCAACUUGAGAUAAGCCAGUAUUUGAAAGAAGAAUUUGCAAGAGAUGGCAAAAAACGUCAUCCCUCAGUCCAUGAUGAAAUCUUAGCUGAUAUAUUUAAGAAGAAUGACCACGAUGGAGAUGGUUUCAUAUCAGCAAAGGAAUACAAUGUCUACCAGCAUGAUGAACUCUAAGUACCUUAAAAUUUUUUGGCUGUUUUCUGGGCACUGAUUUUUAAAUAAUAUUUUGUCACAGAAUUUUUUGGUUUGCCUUUUUUUAUAUUGUCAUCUUUUUAUAUCUCUUAAGGUGACUGUAAAAAUCUUAUUUUUAAUGUUCAACUGAUAAAAUGUGUUCGAUAUUUCAAAAGAAAGAAAUAAAAUCGGAGAACACCAUGAUCUGCUAU